AUCAGGGCAAACUAUGAAACGCUCAUCACCAGAAAUCAGAUAAAGACCAUCAGCUCAACACGGACCCAGGUAAUGACUUCAUGCAGACAUACAUCUUCCAGAGCGAGGAGCCAAUCCUUGUCUGUACAAUUCCUGCCUCAGUCUCCAUGAGCUAGAAGAAGCUACAAUUAAAAGAAUGGACAGAGAUGCAGAAGCGUUAAAGGCAGCCAGAGCAGAACUCAGUGAAGCCAGACGGCAGUGGCACCAUAUGCAAAUUGAAAUCGAAUCUCUCCAUGCUGUGGAAAAGGGUUUGGAACGUUCACUGCGUGCCACAGAGCAGCAGUACCAUACGCAACUUCAAAAUUUAGAAGCUGAGAUUGCAAGUUUAGAGAAAGAGCUACAGGAAGUGAGAAGAGGUAUUGAGAAACAGCUCCAAGAGCACGAAAUUCUGCUGAACACUAGGAUGAAACUGGAGGAGGAAAUAGCAACGUAUCGCAGUCUGCUUGAGCAAGAAGAGAACAGGUUUCGUUGUUCUAUACGUGACCAAAAGGAUGACAAAAAACCUACCACUAGCAAGAUUGCCUUUACCCUGCCUUCAAAUGGUGUAAAGAAACAUGAAACCGAGAAGGUGGAAUUGGUGUCAAAACAAGCCAUCCUAGAUGGAAACAUCAUGAAGGAAAGUGCUGAAGCUCAUGGCACUAUACAGACAGAAAAAGUGGAUGAAGUUAUCAAAGAAUGGGAAGGUUCCUUCUUUAAGGACAACCCGCGCUUAAGGAAAAAAUCCGUUUCACUGCGCUUUGAUCUCCACCUAGCAGCAACUGAUGAAGGAUGUUUACACACGAAACAGAAUAUGCUUCCCGACAUUGAAGUCAGGCUGGUGAUGAAGAGGUCUUGCAGUAUUCCCUCCAUCAAACCUUAACCGACAGCAAACUAACCCAAAGUUCAUCGGUAAUGGGCUCUGGAAAUAAACUGUGGAGGGACUUACAUGGCCUCUGUCUAUCUUGCUACAACUAUAAAACCUUACCAAGUACGUACUUUGAUUAAUAAAAUAAAAAUGUAUAAGACUUUUAAAGGAAAGGGAGAAAGACAAGGGAGCUGGAUUUCAAGAAUCUAACUUCUACUAGUUUUCUACUCUGGGUAUGGUCCUUUAAUUUUCUCAUUAUUAUUGUUAUUUUGUAGUAUUUCAUUAAGUAUUUAAGAAUUAAACUAUAACUUUAUACCUUGACAUAUGCUGUCUUUGUAAAAGAGAAACUGUUUUCUCUUUCUGGAAAUGAGAACUGCAUAUUUCAUUCUCAUAAUUAUUCAAUACUGCAUACUCAUAAUGACUGAUAGAACCUUGUAAUGUUUAUACCACAAGUGUCAUACUUAUUGAAAUGC